GAGAAAUUUCAAACAAAGAACAAAAUAUUUAGCAUAAAGAUGAACCACCUACGCAGCUCCCAAGCCCUAAAGACAUUUGCAUGCUUCAGUGGCAGGGGAGAACAGAGAUCGAUAAAGAUGAUGAUGCAUAGGAGGAGGAAGAGCAGGAGCUUCCAUCUUCAGCUGCAAAGGGCAAUCGGUACCAUUGAAUCUCCAUUCCUUUUUUUAUUUACAAAUUCUUUCCAUUCUUCAAAUCCUACUCCCGCUUCCAGACUUCAAGAUGCACGAUUCUUGAAAAAUAGUUUCAAAUCUGCUUCUUUUACCCAGCUUGAUGAUGCCGUUGCUUCCUUCAAUCAUGUAAUUCAGAUGCAUCCUCUUCCUUCUAGGCCUCAAUUUAGUAGAUUCUUAUCUGCCCUUGUGAAAAUGAAACAAUAUCACACUGUCUUUUCCAUGUCCAAAACAAUUGAAUUGCUAGGAAUCUCACACGAUGUUUAUUCUCUUAGCAUCUUAAUUAAUUGCUUCUGCCACUUACACCUUGUGGAUUUUGGCUUCUCUGUUUUUGGUAAGAUGCUCAAAUUCGGAUUGGAGCCUACCACUGUGACAUUUACUACCUUAAUUAAUGGGCUUUGUAUAGAGAGUAAAAUCGACAAGGCAGUGGAAUUUUUCGAUGAUAUGGUUGCACGUGGUUAUCAACCUAAUGUUUAUACUUACAGUGUGAUAGUAAACGGAAUGUGUAAAUUUGGGAAAACAAACGUGGCUAUUGGGCUGCUAAAGGGAAUGGCUGAUAGAGGUUGUGAGCCAGAUGUUGUGACAUACAGUGCAAUCAUUGACGCCCUUUGCAAAGACGAGCUAGUUGGUGAGGCUUUAGAGCUCUUCUCUCAAAUGAGGAAUAAGGGCAUUUCACCUAAUGUCAUCACUUACACUGGUUUAAUUCAUGGUGUUUGCAAAUUAGGCCAAAAGAACCAAGCUUUGGCCUUGAUGAAUGAAAUGGUGGAGCAAAACAUAUUACCAAAUGUUUAUACCUUCAAUGUAUUGAUUGAUGCACUUUGUAAGGAUGGAAUGGUUUCAGAGGCUCAAAAUACUUUCAAUGUAAUGAUUCAAAGAGGUGUAGAGCCUGAUGUGAUCACAUACACAUCCUUAAUUGAUGGUCUUUGCAUUUCAGACCAAUUCAAGGAAGCUUUGGCCUUGUUGAAAGAAAUGGUGGGGACGAACAUAUCCCCUAGUGUUUUUACCUUCAAUAUAUUGAUCGACACUCUUUGUAAGAAAGGACUGGUUUCAAAUGCACAAAAUAUAAUCAAAAUAAUGAUUCAAAGAGGUGUGGAACCUACCAUUGUCACUUAUAGUUCAUUGAUGGAUGGAUAUUGUCUAGGCAACCAAAUUGGUAAGGCUAGAAAGCUAUUUGAUCUGAUGGUGACCAAUGAAACAGCUGACAUUUUUAGCUACAACAUUUUGAUCAAUGGAUAUUGUAAGUGCAACAUGAUAGAUGAUGCAAAGGAGCUUUUUGAUGAAAUGUCCCAUAAAGGUUUAGUUCCUGAUGCUGUUACUUAUUCUACUCUUAUAAAGGGUAUGUUUCAAGCAGGGAGGCCCCAAAAUGCAAAGGAGCUCUUUAAGGAUAUGUGCUCUCAUGGUCAACAGCCAAAUAUAGUAACCUUCUCAACUAUGAUUGAUGGCUUGUGCAGACAAGGGAAUCUGGAUGAGGCACUCACACUACUGAAAGCAAUGGAGAAAAGUCAGUUGAAGCCUAAUCUUGUGAUCUAUAGCAGUCUCAUCAAUGGUAUGUGCAAAGUUGGGAAGCUUAAUGAUGCCAAGGAACUUUUUUCUAGUCUUUUUGAAAUUGGUUUACAACCUGAUGUUUAUGUAUAUAGUGCAAUUAUGAAAGGACUAUGCCAACAAGGAUUAAUGGAUGAGGCGUAUAAGGUAUUUAAAGACAUGGAAAAGGUAGGAUGUUUACCAAAUAAUUGUUGUUAUAAUAUCAUCAUUCAAGGGUUUCUCAAGCAUGAGGAUUUACCAAAAGCAUCAGAACUAAUCAACGAAAUGGUUGAUAAGGGGUUCUCUGCUGAUGAUGCUACCACAGAAUUGGUAGUACAUUUGUCGCAGAAUAAUGAUCUCAUUCUAAGCAAACUACGAAAUCGUUCUGAGGCUUCUAAAGCUGUGCAAUGAGGGAUCAGCAAACUAAAGUUGUUAUAUCUUGACCGUUCAAUGGUGUCUUGGAGAGAAACUUGUGGAAACCAUGAUAUAUGUGUGCCUUUCGCUUGAACUCAGACAUGGAUUAGAUCUCUUUGGAUAUAAGAUUGUUGAUGAAUGGAGGUCAUAGAUUUCAAAUGAUCAAGUUGCUGGUAAACCCACCAUCUUCCUUACAACUUUUUUUUGGGCUGCUACUACAGCCUUAACUCGAGAGCUCAGUCAAUGAGUUGAGAACUAAAACUAAUUGAUUCCAUGCUACAAUGCUUAAGAAUCUUUAUCUAUUUUACUUUUGUGCUCAAUGACCUUUUAAGAUGCUAUCAUUUUUCUUGUAGCUACUUGCCAGGAUAUGAUUACAAGUUCACCUUUCUAACCAUAAAGGCAUAAGCAAUUUGUUUUUGCUUAAUUAUUAUAUUUUUAAGAAUAAUGAAAGUAAUAAUUAUAAACAAGUGGGGCUUUAGUUAAGAAUUGAUUUAGCAAUUAGACUAUGCUAUAAAUGCAGGGUGCAGGAUAUACAGCCCCAGGAUACAAGUGUAGUGGUUGAGAAAUCUACCAUUUUUCUUUUUCGAUUUCUUGGUUGACAGAAAUCUACCAAUUUUAGUUGUUGAGAUUGUUGAAUCAACACGUGAUCAGCAGGUACAAGAGAACUUUGUUAUAUUGUGAGUUAUUAUUACUUCAAUCUGUUUCACAUCCUGCAGUUAGUUGUCUUUGCUCUUUACAAGAAAUGUUUUAGGGUUAGCACUAAACUCAUGUUUCUAGGCUGUACAAGCAGAUUAACUUUGCUGAAUCCGUUGCAAUGUUACAUUGGUCUGCAAUAACUAAAAUAAAAAACUCCAGACUUCGGUUUUGUGUAUACAAUCAGAAAAUGUUGGUUGUUCUUUUAUGUAUGCCAAUUUUCUCCCACUUUGAAAUUCAAUUCUCUGAUAUAACAAUCCUAUUGUCACAUGUGAAAAAUAUCUAAAGACAAGAGCAGCAAUUUUUUUUCUUAUUUUUGUGUAUGCUCAACUUAAAAGGGCUUUUUUUUUUUCAUUAUUGGUAUUGCUAUGUGAAGUGAGUGUGCAACAAAAUGGAAGAGGUGCCUUUACCACAUUCUGGUUGUUAUAUCUUGACCAUUCAAGGUGUCUUGGAGUGCAACUUGGUAAUUACCUUCUUCAAAUGUAGUAGAUGUGUAAUUUAAUUAACUUAUUCAAAUGUCAUGUUUAAUUUCAGUCAGCUGUGAUUCUCUGCCACAAAAAGAAAAUUUCGAACACUUGGUAAAUUGCCGGCAGUGGAAACCAUGAUAUGUGUGUGCCUUUCGCUUGAACUCAGAUGCUAUCAAUUCUCUUGUAGGUACUUGCAAGGAUAUGAUUACAACUUCACCUUUCUAACCAUAAAGGGUGCAGGAUAUACAGCCCCAGGAUACAAGAUAAGAGAAUCACUAGACUUCUGGCUGUUGGUUGGAUGAAAAGUCACUAAAAUUGUGGACAACAAAAAUUGUUAUGAGAAUUGAGGAAAAAGCAAAACAUCCUCUUGGUCACCUAUUUUUUGUCCUAGUCAUCAAGUUGGGUAUAUGUAUAUAUAUAGAUCCUUAAUUUCUUUUAUUUUCCUACGAAUCAAAUUAGUGAAAUCAUUGCAUUAGCAUCUAAUACUAUGAAGUUCACAAUCUUUUCCUUUAAAAUCAAUUUUUUAACUCAUGGAAAUUUGAAUUUUAGAAAUGCUUGUGGAAGGUAUAUAUAUUCUUCCCUUUGAGAUUCUUUACUUUGGCGGAGUUGAUGGGAUGUGUAAUUAGUCCAUUUUAAGGAUAGUUAAUUGCAAUAGCUAUCAAAUAUAGUUAGUCCAUUUUAAGGAUAUGAUUAAAAUCACUGCCCUUGCUUUGGCCUAAUGCAACUAUUUUCCAACUGCUUCCUAAAUUAUAGAUCCAGGAUUAUAUAUUAUUCAAAGAAAUAUGAUGUAUAUUGGGCCAAGGAGAAAAGGGUUUUGCCUGCUUCUUUUAAGUUAUGUAUGGGUACUGCUUCUUUCAACUUUAUAUCACAAGGUCACUUAACUUCACUUUUCUAAUUUGAUUAUUCCAUUGUGGAUCUAUCAUUCUAAAAAUUUGUUAGAUUUUUAUUAAGAUUGCUUUAUGUUCUCUUCAUGCCUUUCUCUAUGAAUUAAUGGAAUCAUCUACCAAACAAUUCAAAACGUGAGUAGCUUAUGUUGAGACAGUAAAACAUUUUCAGCUAAAUAGACUGCACUUCUUAUAUGGGAAGUUGAUGCAUGGAGAUGGUUAAGGAAGAUGUCAUCCAUGUUUUUCUUAUUGUUCGUUAGAUAUGUUAGCAUAUCACAGAUCUUGGUUAAAAGCUAAAAUAAAAGACAAGUUUUGUCAAUUGAAAUUUGACACUGGCUAUGCAACUAAAUCUCUCUCUCUCUCUCUCUCUCCCCUUGAGAAAUCGUAUUACUUUAUUUAUUAUAACACGUUAACACGCUUCAUUGCUUCAUCCAUUGUAUUAAAAGUACAGGAAAAUUUUUCCAUGCUAUAUUUGUCUAACACAUUUAACCUGGGCCAUAAACUAUAACAAAAAGAAUUAUUGUAUGAUGCUAUGCUUAUAUGACCAUAUCGUUGUUGGUUGGCCUACGAAAUAGUGCAUUGAACUUAUGUGGGACUUGUUAAAUUUGAUCCAGGUCUAACUCAUUCUAAAAACUAGUUCAAAGGGAGUUUAAGGGGAGGAGUGUCUAUAACUCAUAUAAGAGCAUAUUAUCCCUUUCCACAAUAAAUGUGGGAUUCAACACACCCUUUAUGUUCAGAAUUUUAUUGGUGCGUGAUAUAUUUAUGGGAGGUCUAACAUCGGAUGGGAAGGUUUUGAUACGAUAAGAAUUUAUCUCUAAUUUAUAACUCAGCAGAAAACAUAGAGAAUAGAGAAUAAAGUAGAAAAAUGGAAUUACAUUUUUUU